AAGACGGAGAAAAAAGUGUGAUUGUCUGCAACAUCAAUCUGAUAAAGGAAAUACUGCAAACAAAAAAUUAACUUUCCUGCUGCCAUCUUUGGACCAUGGUAACUUACGCAUUCCCAUGUGACUUUUAUAGCAGGUUUAGGAAAGGACUUCAAUGAGCAAAUUAACAUUUUCCCAAGAAACUUGUAUUUACAUGUGUAAGUGGGCAUUGAUUUCACAAGCAUUUCCUGGAAUCUCACAAGAAAUUGAGGCUUUCACGAUAAAGUACUGAGACCGUUUGUUGGGACAUUUUCACAGGCUUUCCCUGCCAAGUUUCACUCGCAUUGUCUACAACAUGAAACAAACCAACAUGUACACUGGCCUAAUGAUGUCAUAUCUUUCAGCUAAAACUAAAAGAUCUGACUUGAAGGAAACGGAAAUUAUACAGGCAAAUCAUGAAGGCUGGAAGACAGCAGACUUCAGAAACUAAUAAGGACAUAUCUAUAGAUGAAACAUCUUAGUGUGCCUUGAACAGGCCUCUUGAUUCUUAUUCUUGAGGGUCUAAAAAAAAACCUUGCUUGACAGGUAUAGCAGACUGAGUCAGGAACUACGUAAUGUAACGUGAUGAUAUAAAGCUACUUUUGUAGAGUUGAAAAACUACAGUACAUAGAACAUGGAUAAUCAAUAUGGGUAUUCCGGUGACACAUACAACCGGCACGUUCUCGGGGAGGACAGCUCUGUAAUGGCUCGCAUGCAGAAGAAGUUCUGGAAAACCAAGCAGGUUCUGAUCAAAGCAACGGGGAAGAAAGAAGAUGAAUAUGUUGUGGCAUCAGAUGCAGACCUAGAUGCAAAACUGGAGUUUUUUGGAUCUGUUCAAACAACUUGCACAGAACUUCUGAGGGUUAUUGAGAAGUACCAGCAGAGAAUAAACUGUUUAUCCCAGGAGGAGAACGAGCUGGGGUUGUUUCUCAGGUUUCAGGCAGAGCGGGACAAAACCAAGGCAGCCAACAUUAUGGAUGCCACCAGCAAGGCAUUGUGCACAUCAGCAAAGCAAAGGAUAACGCUGUGCACUUCGCUGCACCGGAUGGAACAGGAAGUGGAGACGUUCCGGCGACGCGCCAUCGCUGACAGCCUGAUCACUGUGGAGCGCAUGGAAAAGGCCCGCACGGAAUACAGGGGCGCCUUGCUCUGGAUGAAGGAUGUCUCUCAGGAACUGGAUCCAGACACUUACAAACAGCUGGAGAAGUUCAGGAAGGUCCAAGCGCAGGUGAGAAACACCAAGACACAGUUUGAUAAACUGAAGAAUGACGUGUGCCAGAAAGUAGACGUUUUGGGAGCAAGUCGCUGCAACUUGCUUUCACAUUCCCUUGGCACCUACCAGACCGCACAGCUGCACUUUUGGGAGAAAACGGCCCAGAUGAUGUCAGAAAUCCAAGAAGAUUUUAAAGGUUACAUACCGUAUGAGUUCACUACUCUGAAGGGUUUACAAGACCCACUGGACCACUUAACAGAAGAUCAAAAAGAUGAGAAGAUGGCAGAGGAUUCAAUAGCUAACGACCUAGAUAAAUUGAUUUCACUCAAUGAAGAAAAUCCCACGAAAUCUGGAACAGAUGCCCAAAGUGCCGACACCCAAAGCAAAGAUAGUGACAGUUCCUUAUUCCCAAGCCGUGACAAUGCCUUGAAGGACCAUUUCGCUGACCUUCAAGAAGGAGAGGAUUCUGACAGGAAUGACAUGUCCUUCCUGAAGGACCUGCUGAGCCUGGGACCUCUGGGGUCUGACGAGUUCAGCAGGGAGUGGAAUAAUGCAUUUGGAAGCUUUGAGCCCCGUCCUGCCCCAUCAUCCGGACCAGCCACAUCACUAGAGCAGCCUUCGAGCCCGACCGGAUUCCUCCCCUCCCAGCUCCUCGAUCGCAGCCUCAGUGCAACAGGUUGGACAACACCACCCAUGUUUCAAGCACAGCCCAUGCAGACCCCUCGGCCCUCAUCCCAGCCGGCGAUCCUGCCAGUGCCUCGCCAGAAUUUACCAAAGAUUCCACAAAAGGCCUCAAAGAGCACACCUCAAGACAUGUCGGCUUGGUUUAAUCUGUUUGCUGACCUGGAUCCCCUUUCAAACCCGGAUGCCAUUGGCCGCACUGAUGAUGAGCUGCUGACUGCCUGAAGAACAUUGUGUCCCAUAGCCAGGCGUGUGUGAGGUUGCUGUUUUAACACCAUCAGCGCUGUGUACCACAGGAAUCGCUGCUUUCCAGAGGGGAUUGCACAAAUAGACAUCAAUUUAUUUCUUUAUUUUUAUAGCACAAUUGCAGAAUACGGGACGAACAAAAAUUAUCACACCCCUCCCCCAUAGAUUGCUACAUUUAAGACUGGGAGUAUUUUUUGAAACCAGUAAUGCUGGUGUAAUCUAGAUGCCAAACGGAUUGCUGGUAUUUAAAACAAACUUUUUUUUUU